AUGCAGCAGUUUGAUCUGAAGAUGGCACUCCGGGCGCUGUGGGGCAGCCUCAGCCUGCUCCGCCUGGUGUGGUGCCUCCUGCCACAGACAGGCUACGUGCACCCAGAUGAGUUCUUCCAAUCACCUGAGGUCAUGGCAGAGGACAUCCUGGGCAUCGAAGCUGCACGGCCUUGGGAAUUCCACCCCAGCAGCUCCUGCCGCACGGUGCUCUUCCCACUGCUGACCUCCGGCUCCACCUUCUGGCUGCUCAGGCUCUGGGAACAGUGGGGACCGUGGCCGGGCCCAGUGAGUGGCUACGUGCUGCUGGUGGGGCCCCGACUCCUCCUCACUGCCCUCUCCUUCGCCCUGGACUUGGCCGUGUACCGCCUGGCCCCGCUGUGGGGGGCGGAGCGCUGGAACGCCCUGGUCCUGCUGUCUGGCUCCUACGUCACCCUGGUCUUCUACACGAGGACCUUCUCCAACGCCAUCGAGGGACUGCUCUUCGCCGGGCUGCUGGUGCUGGUGUCCCCCCGGUUAGCUUGGAGCCCCACACGCAGGAAGCCUGCUCCGGGCCCGUGGGCACACAGCUGGCUUCUUGGGGGCAUCGUGGCUGCUGGCUUCUUCAACCGGCCCACGUUUCUGGCCUUUGCUCUGGUCCCACUCUUCCUCUGGAGCACCUGUGGGGCCGCAGACCCUGGCUUCAGGUCGCUGGCGAAGGAGGCCCUGGCACUGCUCCCCGGGGCGAGCCUCGUGGCGGCGGUGUUUGUGGCUGUGGACAGCUGGUAUUUCUCCAGUCCCUCUAGAUCCAGUACCCUUGUUCUUACACCUGCCAACUUCUUGUACUACAACCUGGAUCCUCAGAACCUGGCGAGGCACGGCACACAUUUGCGGCUCACUCACCUGGCAGUCAAUGGUUUCCUGCUCUUCGGGAUGCUGCAUGCCCGGGCCUUGCGUGCGGCGUGGCAACAGCUGCAAGCCUGCCUCCAGGCCUUUGCACAAAUGCGCUUCCGGAGGGCUCUGGGGGGCCGGAGCCUGCUGUCUGGCCCCGGGUCUCACCUCCUGCUCCUCUACUUCACGCCCCUGGCCCUGCUCUCUGCCUUUAGCCACCAGGAGGCUCGGUUCCUGAUCCCCCUCCUGGUCCCCCUCGUCCUGCUUUGUAGUCCACAGACCCAGCCUGUGCCCUGCAAGGGCUCCCUGGUCCUCUUCAAUGUCCUGGGUGCCCUUUUCUUUGGCUGCCUGCAUCAGGGGGGCCUAGUGCCCAGCCUGGGGCACCUGGAGCAGGUGGUUCAUGCACCUGCGCCCCCCAGCCUACCCACCCACUACACACUCCUCUUCACCCACACCUACAUGCCCCCCCGGCACCUUCUCCACCUCCCGGGCCUGGGCUCACCCGUGGAGGUGGUGGACAUGGGCGGGACCGAGGACUGGGUCCUGUGCCGAGCCCUGAACAACUUCACCAGACAACCAGCCUGCCAGGUAGCUGGUGGGCCGUGGCUCUGCCGCCUUUUUGUGGUGACCCCUGGCACCGCCAGGCCUGCCAUGGAGAAGUGCCACUUCCCUCUCAAGAGUGAGACACUCCUGUUUCCCCACGUGACCCUGGAAGACCCACCAGCCCUGUCCUCACUGCUGAGUGGGGCUUGGAGGGACCAUCUCAGCCUCCACAUCUUGGAACUAGGGGAGAAGCCUGACAAUGUCACCAAAAAGCCGCCGCCCAUGAUUCAGCCAUAG